UUCCAGGUGUACUGCAUUUUGAGGAAUUCCCAACUUGACUGAAGACAGAACUUGGGUUUUUUUCAAGGGUUUUGCUGCGUACCGUGUUCUCUCCACCAUCCCCCUGGGACAAGAGUUGGAGCAGCUGUGUGAGGCCAAGCUGCCUACUGGGAUUAACCCACAACGCCUGGGAAGCCGAAGCCCAGGGAAUCACGAAACCCGAGCCCCCUGCACCAGCCCUUCCGCAGAACGGCCUAGCUCAGCUGAGCGGCACCCCCUGCCCGCCGUCCCCAGCAAAGCGACGCGGGGUCGCUCGCGGGUUCAAACCCCGCGCUCCCUCAGCUGCGCCGGCCCGGCGCUCCGCGUUCCCCCUGCCCGCCUUCCUGGUGGGCUGACGUCAUCGCCUUGCCGCGUGGUCCCGCCCACUGGCCCCUCCCUUCCCGGCUUGUGAACGGCUGGGGAUUGCGCUCCCCUCUUGGCCGGCGCUGGUUGGCCGGUGUGCGAGCCAAUGGGAGCGCGUCUUGUUGGGCCGUGCAGAGCGUGAACGAGGCCGAGGCGGGAGGGGGGCUCCGUCCAGCUGUGGCUGAGCCGCCGCCACCAUGAGCUCUAUCGGUACCGGGUAUGACUUGUCAGCUUCCACGUUUUCUCCAGAUGGCAGAGUAUUUCAAGUUGAAUACGCUAUGAAAGCUGUGGAGAAUAGUAGUACAGCAAUUGGGAUAAGAUGCAAGGAUGGUGUUGUCUUUGGAGUAGAAAAACUAGUUCUGUCUAAGCUUUAUGAAGAGGGUUCCAAUAAACGUCUCUUUAAUGUCGAUCGACAUGUUGGAAUGGCAGUAGCAGGACUUCUGGCAGACGCUCGUUCUUUGGCAGACAUAGCUAGAGAAGAAGCUUCUAACUUUAGAUCUAACUAUGGCUAUGAUAUUCCACUGAAGCAUCUUGCAGAUAGAGUGGCUAUGUAUGUGCAUGCGUACACAUUAUACAGUGCUGUCAGACCUUUUGGUUGCAGUUUCAUGUUAGGGUCCUAUGAUGAUGAUGAUGGUGCACAACUGUACAUGAUUGAUCCAUCGGGAGUUUCAUAUGGUUAUUGGGGAUGUGCCAUUGGUAAAGCCAGGCAGGCUGCAAAAACAGAGAUAGAGAAACUUCAGAUGAAGGACAUGACGUGCCGUGAUGUUGUUAAAGAGGUUGCGAAAAUAAUCUACAUAGUUCAUGAUGAAGUAAAGGACAAAGCUUUUGAGCUGGAACUCAGCUGGGUUGGAGAAAUAACCAAUGGAAAACAUGAAAUUGUUCCCAGAGACAUCAGGGAAGAAGCAGAAAAAUAUGCCAAGGAAUCUUUGAAAGAGGAAGAUGAAUCAGAUGAUGACAACAUGUAACAUGUUACUUCAAGACAAGUUCAACUUUUCUUAACUUAGAACAGGCAUUUUGCAACACGUGGGAUUGUAGUUAACAUCUGCAGCCACAAAGUAUAACGAAGUCUGGAUGUAGUUUAUUCAGUAAAAACGGGACUACUUCUGCCUGGCAAUCUUUGAAGUUGCUAACAAGAGUUACUCUACUUCAACAAGCUGAGCACAUAACAUCCUUUUACAAGCGUUACUGGAAAAAGCAACUACAAGGUGAGUCAGCAGAGCUGACAGGAAACCCAAUUCCCAGAUUUUUCUCAUACAAAAUACUAUGCAGCAAGUAUUUUUAUGAUUAUUCAUAUCAAGAAGAGAUACUGCACUGCUGCAAAACAUACCCAUGUCAGAUUCAAGAAACCACUACUAAACUUCAGUGGAUAUAAUGUGCUAAUUCAGGCUUCCUAAGGGGUUGCCGGACUUCCUGUCUUCUCCAGCAGCAACAAUCGCAAUACAAACAGCAUGCACAGUUAUGUUUGAAUAACUAAAUAUCCAUUUUUCUGAACAUGGGGACAGGAAUCUACCAGAGCUGGGGAAACUGUAGGUAAGCAUUUAGCAUUACCAGAUGUUUUUGUUUGUUUUCUCUCUCUCACACACAAUAAUAAAUAUGAAGGAACUUAUUGCUGAUAGCUAACAGUAAAGCAAAAUUUUAUCCAUGACUAGGAAAGAAGGUCUGACCUUUCACUUUUAUAAUCCAGCUAUUACUGAAUUAACUUUCUGUUGUUAACUUCACAUUCAUUGGGAUUUUUUUUCCUUUCUACCUGCACAUUAGUACUUCACAACUUCUUAACACACUCUUGUCUGAGCAGUUUGCAAUCACUUCGAUAAUAAAGCUCUGUGGGACGCA